CUAAAAUGACUCUUCAGUGAUAUUUUUGUUCUGUCUCUUUGAAAGACUUGACAGAUAUGAACAGAGAAGAUCUCAGGCUGGAAUACUGAUAUAUAAACAAAACUACAUUUACACUGUUAGAGGCUGUGCUGACAGAACAGGUGAUAUUUAAAACUUUAGAGAUAAGCAUAAAUGCAAAUUCUAGACUAACAUAUUUAUCUUGGAUUGUAUUUUUUGUUUGUUUUUCCUCUGUAAUCCUGUUCCACAUGUUUAUUGAUUCAGUAUAUAUAUAUUCCUGUUCAUCUUGCAUCUUCAGUGUUGUAUUUUUAGGUUCCUGUUUUAAUUGUAUUUUCUGCGAGUGAGUCUGGUUUAAGUUACCUCCCUGUGUUUACCCUCCCUAAUGAUCGUGCUUCUUCUUUGUCUACAUCUGUGCCUUCUCAACUCACUCAAGUCUCAUUGCGUGUGACGGUGUGAGCUUGUGUUUAUUUAAUCUCUUUAUUUAAGGGUUGCCUCCCUUCUCUGUAAGAUCAUCACCAACCCUACCUCAUGUUCUUGUGGGUUUCCUGGUGUCUUUUUUUCAUGGACAUUUUUUAAGCAAGUUUUUGUGUUUUGUCAGAUAAAAUAAGUGUUCAAAACAUGUGUAGUUAAAGUAAACCAUCUGCUUCCUCUCACACCUUCUCCACACUCAUCUUCUUGGUGGCCUCAGUAUGUGUGCAGUCCACAUAAUACCCUGCUCCUGCUAUAAUGUGGACCCCUGUCUCCUUGGCCAGCUGUUUCAGGGUGGGGAGGUCCCUGUCGAGUCCCGUGGUGGUGUUCUCUACAAUCGUGCCCCCUCCAGCCUUCCUGUAAACAAGCAGCUCAUCCCUCACGGCGCUGGUCUCCUGCUGCAGCAGCAGGUUCUCGUGGCAGCUGUACGGGUUCUGUCUCAGCCAGUGCAUGUGCCGCAUGUGGAAUGGAUUCUCAGCCACCGCCUCGUCGCCCACGGGAGGAGGGAAGUAGCAGCACUCGAAGCUCAUGGUCAGGUGCUCAUGGGUCAUGGUGCGGCCCAGUUGGUCUGGAUCCAUCAAACCCAGGACAGUUUGGACCUUACCACUAAGCUGUGACAUGACUGGUGUUCAGGGUUUCCCACAGGCUGCAGAAAGCACAAAGAAGGAAUCAUUUAGGUGACUUUCUACAUUAGACAAAGUCAGAUUUGGUUAAAGUUCUAGCAGGUCUGUGCAGCAAUGUUUCGGAUCAGACAGGAGGCAGAGCUUUCCAAAGGCUCUGACCAUUAACAGGAAGGGGAGUGACCUUUGGACAGCAAAGUGAAAGAACUGAUCACAUUUCAACUAACCUUAAGCUCUGCUUCCAAGCUAACUUCGUAACUUAACCUUACUUUCUUAUUGCUUGCUCGGUUUGAAAACAUAAGUAGGUACUACUUACUUUACUCGAUAAAAGUAGAGUUUACUCGUGCAAAUGAGAAUGAAACAACAUGCACUUAACUCGCAGCUGCGGCACCAGCUGAGUAAAUGUUUAAAUAUUCAUGAGUUUUAGCUUUUAAGUGUAUCUUAACACCAGAAAUACGGUUUUCUGACCUCGUCUCUGUCAAAUACGACGCAAAUCCACCAGCAACACUCAGACAGUUCCCUCCGGCUAUAAUCUCAGCGAGGAACGGGAUGUUCGAAUCAUCGCGAGAAGUCACGAAGGUACAGGAUCGUACAGGAUGUGAGUCAAACAAAGGUUGUUUAUCAAACCUUUUCAGAGGCCUUUUUUUUUAAGUCACUCUUUUGAAACUUCAGUAUGUUUUGAUGUUAUUAAUCUCGCAACACUUUUUAAAAUUUUGUCCAACUUUACCGUAUAAGAAAUGUACAUUUAAAUACGUAAAAGUAAAAGACUUUUACAUACUUCCGGGUUAACGAUUAAUUAAUGAACAAUAAUCGAUAACUCACUGUCGUGAAGGAAAUAGUACCUCUUCAAACAUGUUUACUUUAACUACAAACUACAACCAACUUAAUCCAAAGCACCUUUAAAUAGAAAAUAACACGAAUUUAAAGAACACAUAGCUUGUAGAGUUUGGAGAUAUUUUUCAUAACUCCUGAAAAAGAGAUUUUUAAUCUCAAUGAGGUUUUCUCACGGUCAAACAAAGGUUAAAUACAUACAAUAAAAUAAUUAAAAAUAAACGUAUGAAAGGACUUACGGGUAAUAACGCCAUGAUUCAAUGAAAGGUGUAGUGUAACCAUGGUAACACUACACUUGAGGUUGAAGUGCUGUCAGAAGGGGCCCUCUCUACCCUGGUUUCUACAAUAAUUAAGACUGAAUUAAUGUCCAUGAGUUAUUGAAAAAGAUUUUACAAACUCGGUGGUGCUUUAGUAGAUCAGAGGUCAUUAGGCCUGCUAUUCAACAGCAAGAUACAAGCUCUUUAGUUAUGAUGCGGUCAAUGACAGUAUCAGUUUGGUUCUCUCUCUGUCUGCUCGAAAGCAGUGGGAUCACUUCAUCACACCAGGUGUCUCAAACAAAGGGAUGGUUUUGACGUGUAGAGGUUACUAUUAUUACUACUUUGUUUGUGAGCUUUUGGUUACAGUAAACGUGAUCAAAUGGCACCUCAUGGUGACAAUGGCAUUAGUAUCUGGUAUGUGUGAGAUGUGAUCAUACCUGCAUUGUACUGAAGGCACUAGUUACAGUUUUACAAUAGAAAAUAUGAUUUCUUUUUCCAAUUCCAAGCACUAAUGCUUCACAUUCUAGAUGUUGUGCAUGUUGUCCAAUCAUCAUCAAUUUUUCAUGAAAAAAAGUUUGUAUUGUGUCUAACUCUUAUUGUAAAUUUACUUCCUCCAUGUGAUACCAUUGUGUUAUUCUGAUAAUGUGUUUUUUUUGUACCAUUUCAUGUAAGUACAGUUAAAGAUCGCUAUUGACUUGGUGGUUGAUCAGGCUGUUUGAGUAAAAUACAAUUUUGUCUCAAUUUAUUUGAUUAAAAUCUGAUGACUACAAUGCAAAAAAAUCUACUUUGGCCUUAAACUCAUGCAAUACCUGAUUUCUACAGGUAUUUUAACCAAUUUAAACAUGAACUUAAAUAAUAUUGUUACUCGACAAUACAAUCCCUCUCACCCACUGCACCAGACUGUGGGGGCUUUAGGCAGCUCCUUCAGCAGCAGACUGAGACUCCCACCCUGCAGGACAGAGCGCUACCGCAGAUCAUUCCUCCCCUCUGCAAUAAGACUUUACAAUGAACAGUAACAAAACUGGAUUUACACCACCACUUUUUUAUGGCAUUUAAAUUGUGUAUAUUGCAGAAAGCUUUAUUUUUUCUUCUCCCUUUUCUCUUUUCAAUUUUUUUUUUUUUUUUUUUUUUUUUUUUUUUUUUUUUCUUAAUUAUUACAUUUAUUAAGUUCUUAAUAUUAGGACCCUUAUUGUUAUAACUGCAUUUUGCACUUUCUGUCUUGUCUGUGUUGCUGCUGUGACAAAAAAAUUUCCCCCAUGGGGGAUCAAUAAAGGAAUAUUCUAUUCUAUUCUAUUCUAUUCUAUUCUACAUUUACUUGUUUAUUUGCUUUUUUAUGAUAAAAUGGGACAUUACAGCAAGUCCUCCAAAUGCUCAAUUGCUUCACAUCAAUAGUGUUGUCUCUGUUGACAUACAGCAGUAGCUUUAUUAAUAAGUGCAGUAUAUAUAUAUAUAUAUUUUUAAUUUACAAGCGUGUUUUAAGUAAUCUGUAAGUUAUGAAAGAAAAUGAGACAAAUAUUACAGUUGCCUCCUUAAUGACUAUAAGUAGUAGCAGCUAAUUGUACUGAUAUUAUCAUAAGAGUUGUAAUCAGUAAAUACACAUUAGAUAAUGCUUAGAUUACUAAUGCUGUGGUUUGUAAAGUUUUUUUUUUUUUUUUUUUUUUACAACCAAUCAAUUCUUGAGGUGAUUUUGUAAAAAUAAAGUUUUCAAGGCUAAGGGCAAAACUUCCAUUUAAACCUUAGACUCCCAGGUAACAUCUCACCACCAUAAGAAGUCCUUGAAAUUGUCUGGUGUCAUUAUUUAGGAGAACAUGUGAGGAUGAUGCAGAGCUUGAGAGAGAGACAGACUGUGACUCUGUGUUUCUGCUCUCCUCUCCCAGCAGAUGGUCUCCAGCAGCAUUUGGUCUUCUGUUGCAGAGAGCUGCCCCAUGAACAGUCACCAUCACACUGAGCAGCCGUCCAUUUGUCUGCAAGAUGAAAAUCUGCAGGCCAGAGACUCUGAGACAAGAUGGAACAACUUAUUUGGUCCAAGAUAGGUAAUUUUUUCCCCCUCUUUUUGCCUUUUCAAACAGUAAUUAUCGUAUCUCAUAUGUAUUUUGAAGCUUGUCAUUGUUCCUUAAUUGUAAAGCACCUUGAUCCUUCAAAAGUCUAAACUUCAUUAUCUCUAACUUCAGAUCUAGCAAAGAGACUCCUCCAUAAAUUAUUAAUAAGCAAAAGACAGCUUAUCAAGGACUGCAAAUUCAUUCAGAUGAAGUAAGAGCAAAGCACUAUAGAAACUACAAAAUCACUAAAAGAACAACUGACAGUAACUUGGGAGACAAAAAACAUUUAGCCAUUUGGGUAGCUACACAUAACAAGACAACAGGGGAGCACAAUGAAUUCAUCAACACAAAAAAAUGAUACAGAGAUUUGAUGGUAAAUGAGAUUUUAGAGAGCUGUUACUCAUGGGCCCGCAGAGGCGUCCCACUGCAGGGUUCCUCAUUAGAGAGGACUGUCACUCCCAUUCAUCUGCACGGCUGACAUUUUUCAGACAGACACGACCCCGGGGAGACUCCAACGGGAGAGAGAUGACUUAAACCACUUCUCCUAAGAGGACAGGCCUCCUGAGACCGAGCUGGACAUGAACAAGAAUCUGAGCUUGAUGCAGAAUAAAUGGUGUUUAUGAGGCUGUUCAGAGCCAUCAGAUAUGACUUGGAUGACAUGGCCUGCAGUCUCAAGUCCUCACAAAGCUAACUUCUGUUACAAAGUUUUCUUCUAUUGUUUCUUCUUUUUUAUAUUUUAACCUUUUCUUCCUCAUAUUCAUAAAGACAGAAAUGUUUGGAUUGUCACUGAAGCUGCUUCAAACCUGCAGGAUUUCAAGGUUUCGGUCAAAUGUUGUGGUUUGGCACCCUCUGCAGACAGAGAGGAGGAACAUAUCUUGCAUUUCUAUACAGUCUGAAGAUCCAGCCAUAAAGGCAUCACAUUAAAACUUCAAAUUCCACUUUAUAGCUCACAAUUGGACUUCAAAUCAGAUUCAUGCACACAGAAGUCCCGCCUGAGGGUGAACAUAGGCCUUUCAGUCAAUGUAAGUGACAUAACUGACAGUAAAAGCCAAUGGUUGACUGGCUGUGGUUUUGCUGUUUGUUGUUUCUGGUCUUUUAUUGACUUUCACGCUUCUUAGGCUGCCAGGAGCCUGGAGCAUUUGUGAAUCAAUAGGCUCGUUUGUUCAAAGAAAUAAUGGUAAAAUCAUGAAUUAUGAGAAGAGUGGGACCGUGAUGAAUCGCAAACCUUUCCCUAAACCAGUACAGUGUUAUCAUCAGUAUCAGUUCAGCAGAAAUUUGGGUUUUCAUGGAUGACGUUUGACAAAGGAAAUGAGAUUAACGUGACUCAUCUGUUUUAUGUGGGAGUGUUGGAAAUUUGGUGUUACCAUUUUAUGACUUUUUUUUUUGUUAUUCAUUUCCUGAAAAUGACUAAACUAUCAAAUAAGAGAGCAAAAGUUAGUUAACACCUAGAAAUCUUAUUCUGCAAGAGCAAAUAUGAUCACAAUAAAAAGGCUCUCCUUACAGUCUGCAUGUCUCUUCAUCCCUCCAAAAAUGAAAUGUUAAAGGUCAAAGUUUUGCAAAGUCUUAACAAGUUUUUCUUGUUUCAUAGAGGUCUAAAUUAGUAAUAAGUUGUUGUUUUUUUUAACAGAGGUGCUCAAAGUUUGUCACCAAAAAGCUCCUUUAAGGAAGUUUUGGUUGAUGUCAAUAUCAGUGCCCCCUGUGGAGAAUCUGUGAAACUUACAAGGUCAACAGAAUAAGGAUUAAACAUUUCAUUAGAUGAUAAUAAUGCAUCAGAUUUCAUAUAGCACUUUAUCAGAGACCCUCAAAGCGCUUCACAUUGGAUGCAUCCAUCAUUCGCUCACACAGUCACGCUUUGGUGGUGGUAAACUACCUUAGAACUGACAGCUUCCCUGGGGCAGACUCAACCACCACCACCACACAACACUCAAAAUCAUACACCAGUGGAGGACACACACUGGGAGCAAGGUGGGCUAAGUGUCUUGCCCAAGGACACAACAGACAGGCUCAGGAUAGGGGGGAGUCGACCCGCCAACCUUCCAGUUAAUGGACAACUGCUCUACCUCCUGAGCUACUGCCGCCCCAUAGAUGAAUAAAUGAAUACAAAAUCUCAUUAUUUCUCCAAGGGUAUACAUAUUCGCUCUGCUGUUUACAGGGUUAUACAGUAAAAGUGUUUUUUGUAUCCGCAGAUCCCUGAAUUCAGGCCACUGAGUCCAGCCAUGCAGUUCCUGCAAAGUGUCAUGCAAAUCAGUUUUUCCACGGGUCCACAUGACAGACCAGCAGUCCUCAAGUUGUUCUUGUCAUGCAGUGUCCUAUAUAAACCUGACCCACUCAAACGCUCAAAACUGUGAGAACAAGAAACAACAAACUUCAACAUGGCUGUGAGGAUUCUGAUCGUGGCCUGCUUAGCUGCUCUGUUUCUGGGAACGUGCAUCACCGUAAACGGCUUACCCACAGAAGUGACACAUGCCUACUGCAGGAUUGUCUGGUGAGGCUUCAUUAAACAGUCAUCAGGUGUGAGAAAGAAAGUGGAAUCAUUAAUGACGUAUUUGAUCCUUUCCCAGGCUGCUUGGAUUACCGUGUGAGCGAGUUAGCAUGGCCAUCCUGACUCAGAUUAAAGCCAUGGGCUCUUACAAGGUAAGAAAGCUGAAGAAAAGUUUAACAUCUCAUGAUGUUCGCUCGUUACUUUUGUUUAAAUUAACUCUGAUUUUUAAAAUUCUUUUCUUGUGGUGAUGAUUUAGCUUGUUUCAGUGGCUGCAGCGCUUAUUCAGGCCAACCACACCUCUGCAGUGGGACAGAUUGAGAAUGUGAACAUCACCUUCGCAGGCACAGCUAUGAGCAUGGGCUGCCACGUAGAAGUGAGUCUGAAACCUUUUGAACUUUACACAUCCCAAUAAAUGAUAUAUUUGCUUUAUUCAGUUCUGUUAUUGCAAAAAUCAUGAACAUUCUCUACUUCCAGGGUACUUCUGUGUCUGCAUUCUGGUUCAGCCUGUUUGAUAACGGCACAAACUAUUGCAACCUUCACAACAUCAUAGAAGGUAGGAGGUUUCACGAGUUUUUCAGAUCCAGAUCAAAAUCCAGUCAUGAAAUGUUGAAAUUUAAAAGCAUGACAGUGUGUGAAUGAUUGUGGUUCUGUGUUUACAGGUAGUGGACUCACCAAAGCUCCGGGUUUCAUCGAGUACACCAACGAGUGGCUCUGCCUCGGGAUGGGAUCAUCUGCUUGCAAAUAGACGUGAAAUCUGAAACGUGUGGUUUGUGAUUGAUGAAAUUUCUGUCAGCCAAACAGAUUAAGUAGAUGGAUUUAAUCAAUAAAAGACAUUUUUAUGAUGAAUAUUGUUUUUUUUUUCUAUAUAGCAGGGGAGUUUACCAUUCUGCUCUAGAUUAUUUUCAGUUGCUACAGUGUCGGUCUAUAGAAAUUGCAAGAGCAUUUCGGUUAAAAAAUCAGUUACUGCAGAAACAUGACCAUUAGGAGAUGAUGCCAUUGAUCCACAUUAUGAACUAAUCAUUAAAAUCAUUAAUCACGUUUGAAGAUUUUAUGUAAAUAACGUCAUAUAUGAUCAAACUUAAAUCUCAUUAUUUGAUAUUUGCAACUUUGACAUGCAUCCAACAUAAAAAAAUAGCUUUGUGCAGCUCUUGUCUUUUCAAGGCUGUGCAAGUUAAGGUGAAAAUUAAAAUACCAGACAAAAAAGUUCAAGUGUGGUGAAUACUAAGACAUUCGGAUUUAUUCAGAAGACGGGGCAUGCAAACUAAAUAUAUCAAAUUUACACUCGUGAUGUGUUAUAAAGGGUUUAACAAAAGGUCACCCUCGUAAUGACGGUAAUGUGAUUUUUCACCCUCCAAUAUAAUCCACAACACUCUGAUUUAGACACACAAACCACAAGACUCUCAAAACCUUAAAAUCAUUGUUCACGCUCAGUUUUUAUUGUUUCAUUUCUCAAAAGAGCUCUUGUCGUCUUUUGGCCUUAUCUCUAAGUCCGGGAGGAUAAUCAAUUGGUGCGUUACAGGAAGCUAGUCGAUCCUGAUGGUCUUUGAUACAAGCAAGAGGAUGCAGUGACGUCAAAUAAAAUACAGUUACAUGAUGGUUAAUGUUAUGGUUCGAUUUGUGAAAACUGAGUUUUUCAGCUUCUAAGUCCAGCUACUCAGGUGUCAUGCAUGUUAGUGAUUCUCUGGUGCCAAUGCGGUUCAAAAUGUCAGAGGUCACAUGUUUCACUCAGAUCAGAUCAGAUAAUCAGAUAUCCGCUGCUAUCGUCCACUCCCUGUCAGUCUCUGAUUUUCCGCCAUUGAGUUUCUCUGGACAACCAAGACAAGUCAGCUGACACUUUGCACCAUGUAAAAGAAAAACACAGUGAGUUCAAAAGUAGGUGGAAAACUUCAGAGAGUUUACAUGUUGUUUUUACACCAUGAUGGAGAGGGCGAUAUGGUGUUUCUCUGUAGAAAUGGGACGAAAUUGCAAGGGUGGUGUUGAAAAUACAGGCAAACUUGAUUGGUUUACUAGGUUUUAUAGGCUGUCAUGCACAGAAUUCACAAAAAUCGUAUAACUUAUAAUCCUGGUGAAUGUGAGGGAAGCAGACUGAACAAACAAACAAACAAACAAACAAUCAAUAUAAAGAAAUGAUGUGUGUUUUUUUCUUUAUUAAGGAUAAGCUGAUCAUGAUGGACAAGAUAAUAUUGUGGCUCACAGACACACGACAGCUGCUGCCGAUCACAGGGGCGUCUCCAGAAAUUCAGACAAUACAAUAGAAGAGACACCAUGUUUGUCAGCAACAUCUAAAGUAUUGAAUUUAUAGUUACUAUAUUAUAUUGAAUUAUAUUAUACAGCUAUGAAAAAUAUACUUUUUCUGGAGUCACAUUACAUCAUUUAAAAAAUUUUCAUUGCCAAAAAUACACAAGUGUUCAACCCUUACAUGUAUAGAGGUGGCAUAAAUCCUACCAGCUAACUCCACAACCUUCGACUAUGACUAGCUAAUGUUGAAAUCAGCUGAACAGCUGGUAAUAACUUUCUUUGUUUCAAUUUAGUACUUUUUAUUUUGUUUGGACUUAAAUGUAUGUGUUAAAUCCCAAGUUCUCACCUCACCAUCACCAUACCUGACUCCCCUGUCACUCAAAGCUAAGCCACACCCCCAAUAUUAUAAAAGCCCGCCCUCAAGCCUUCUCUUCCUCUUGCACCCUGACCAUGGAUCAGCAGAGAACAAAGGGAGUCUGAAUGUGAGUGGAAAAUUGACUAAAACCUAACUAAAUUAUGUUUGAUUCUCCCGAUUUGUAUUAUUUUUAAAUAUGUAAUGUUGAUACAGCUUGUCUCUAUUUCUUCGAUUGUUUGAACAGAGAAAAAUCAUCCACAGAAGACAAAAGAAAAUAAAACCUCUAAACUGGAUCCUGUGUUUAAAUGUUCACUCGGUAUAAGAUGUUUAAUGAGCCGGCAUCAGUUUCAGCAUAAUCUUUUACAGUAUGAAUGUUUUUUUGAGCUCUGAAGAUUUGAAAGUUUAGUUACUUUCCAGAAACACAACUAAUUUUUUUAUAUACUUACAUAUAAGGACACAUUUGGUCUAGGCCCACCCCUGAUUGUUGCACCCAGUGCCACCUGCAGUAACAUGCCACUUAAACAGACUUCACUCCUCUUUUGAAAAACUUUCUUUUAGAUUGUUUGAAGCUGCCUGCAGAGAUUUUCUGCAGCCUGGGGGAGACUAGGCUGUGAUGACUGGUGAUAAGGCUAGAGUCUGAGGUGAGUGUUGAGAUAAAGUGUUUGGGGUGAGAGGAGAACUGAAUCGUUAAGUUAAAAAUAAACUUACAAGUGCUUGCAGUCUCCUGCGAGGAAACCCACUCCCUUACACCCUUGUUUCAACAUUUAUGCACAUUUAAAUGCCAUCAAAUAUAAUAUCACAACAAGAUUAUUCUUCGAAAUGAGGUGGUGCUGAUUCAAAGAGUCAGAAGUCACAUUUUCUAUUCAACAUUACAGUGUUAAUUUAGCCACAUAGCCAAUGUUGGUUCAAGUCAUUGCUAGCCAUAAUCCAAAGUGUUCAUUUUAGCUUGGAAAGGAGCAGGAAACCAACCAGCUAUCAUCUUGAAGUGGCCCUAAAUCGCCCAAACUGUGACCAGAACGCAAAACAUGUAGGUAAACUGAAGCUUAUCAGUGUGUUACAUUAAAUUUUACACCCACACAGUAUUUAUAAAAUGUAUUUCUAAUCUAGGAGAUUAAAAAUGAGCAGUACACAUGGUCUGUUAGGGCUAAAGGUUAACCAGAUUUUCUGGUAAGUUGAUGUUUGUCCAUUAUGUGAUGCCAAACCUCAUACAAGGAAACAGGGAUCUGCUUAGAUGCUAUUUGAAAGCUAUGUAGUCAAAUCUGGCUUCACCCAAUUUCCUUUUCUUUUCACCGUCAAAGGUUUGUUUCAUUCAUUCCAAAAAACAGUCCUCCCAGAAGUAAAAGACUCUUUCUGUAGAGACAUUUUUCACAGCAGCUGAAAGGACUGAAGACUUGAAUCUGCUGCAGCAGUUUGGUACAGACGUCAGCAGCACACAGCAGCCCAAAUAGCCUGCAGGAAGAGAGCAAUUAUCACAGUAUGGACACACUAUUCUUGAAAUGACAGCAGGAGGCGACAAUUUGCCACUAGCUGAGGUUUUUCAGUCUAAUGUGUGACGUUGAUAGAGAUCUUUUUUGCCAGCUUCGGUACAAAGUCACAAAAACAGGGUUUUACCAGAGAGUUCUGUCUGCUGCAGGUGUGAUAAGAAACAGGUGCAAGGUAUCAGAAGAGCCAGACAGACCUGAUAUGAGGUUCCAAGGCCAGCCGCAGAGACCUCAUGAAGGAGGUUUCAGAUGGUUUGAUGUUAGCAGAUUGAAGUAUUGUUUGAAAAUCUGAGCUGGUUACUGAACAAGUGGACAAAAUUAUGAAGAAUCAGUUAUCAGGAAGGGGAGUGAGGAGGCUAGGAAAUGAUAAGACCAGAGAUUUAAGCUGUUGGUCGAGACCAUUAGACUCUCUUCAUCUCUACAGCAGUUAAAUCAAACUAAUGAGUUCAUGAUUAUACAUACGGUACUUUUUCACAGGGGUGCAUUAAAGUCUCUUUAACCUUAGAAAUGAAUUGAUGCUCCAGGUUUGAGACUCGGUGAGAAAAUGAUUUAGAUUUUGAGUCUUUAACCCUCCUCCUGUGUUAGGGUCUGCACCGACCUGUUUUUGAUUUAGAUGCUUAAAAGAACCACAUAAAUGAGCUUUUUUUGCAUCAAGACUUUUUGACUUUUUCAGGAACCUCUAAUUCAACAAAAUAAAAAGAAAAUUAAAUUGACUAGAUUAUAAAAUGCUCUUAUUAAAAUUAUGGCACUUGUCGUGUUAGAGUCGCUGUUGACCCGGUUAGAUCAAUAUCUAAUAAUCAGAGCAAAAACUGAAAUCACAAGUUCACUGCCAGACACCACACUGACAGUCAGAUCCUCUUCCAAUCAUGUGAGAUUUAGGAAAUUCUCAUUUUUCCAGGUUUUUCCCUGCACAAAAAACUAUGUCGGGCAUGUCUAGACAUGUAAGAUCAAUUCAGUAUAGAUGUCUGUAUCAAGGUUAUACUGACAAAGAAAGGCCCAGAGGACCACUACAAAAAUAUAAGCAAUAUUUUCAUGGAUAAUGAAGCCUAACAAGUUAACCUAGAGAUGAAAAUCAAACUGGAUGAUAGAAAUUUGUUUUUAGUGUCAUUUACAGCUGAUUUAAGACACUGGUCAAAACCGACCCUUAACAUGGUGGAUGUGUGGUAAAAGCUAACACAGGAGGAAAGUUAAUGGCAGAAGCACUUGUGUUUCAUUUAGUAAAAGAAGAGUUUAAGUACCUUUUUAUUUAUGAAUAUACACAAAUAAAAAAACAAUGUUUGGUGAGACAAACAGCAGCACAACUCAAACACAGGUUUCCAGAUUUGUGGCUUUAUUAUCAUUAGAGUUCAACUCUCUGUCCCUCUCUGGUGCCCUCUGACCUCCAAAACACAUCACUCUAACUCACCGAAUGUUUUAAAAAAAUUUCUUCCACAAAUGUCAUCUGACCGCUCAAGCUUUCACAGUCUCACGUCAGAGAGCAGACAGGGAGGAGUUUGCAGAGCGUCCUCUGAAUUGUUUCACUUUAAUACAAUGACAUGCUGGUCUAUCAAGAGUCCUCUAAUCUCAUGUUAUCUCUGAGUAGACACACAUCAUCAGAUCCUGUCCCUCGUUGCUUUGUCAGUGAACACAAGAGCUUAAAUAUGACCUAAAGCCGGACCAAAGUGAAUUUACACUGAAGAAAAAUGACCAAACUGAUGUAUUAAUCUGUAGUUUACUGUCGAUCACAUUGUAAAAGUUCAUGUUUUAACCAUCAGGAGAGAGGACCAGUAAGGGGACAGUCUCACAGAUCACAUGAACAUCUCAGGGAUUAAACACGAGCAUGCAGGGAAAACACAUAACUGACAAUUUUUUAUUGUUAUUAAGAAAGCAUACAUGAGUCUGAGACAAAUUAUGUAUGAAAGCCGUUGUUUGGUCACAUUAUUUAAAAAUUAAAGCUGGUGAAGCUUUACAGGUGUUCUGUCCGUAGCCCAGGCAGGCCCACUCAUUGGUGAUCUCCAUGAAACCGAGUGAUGAUGUGAGUCCACUCACUGAAAUCAAAAAAAGUUCAGACACACAGAUCAGUGAAAUUUGUUCAUGAAGUUUGUUAUUAGAUCCUGAGAUGUAUAAACUAAAAUAAUAUCUAUCUGUAUGAUUUAAAAUUGAUAGCUGUGGCUCUAUUAUUGAGGACGAGAAAGGACAGAUGAGUGAUCCUGAUGCCUGAGCUCACCUGACAACAGGUUGUAGAGGUUGCAGUAGUUGAGUCCGUUAUCAAGAAGGCUGGUGAAUCCAAGAGAGACAGACUGACCCUGUUAGGGAAGAAAACAGAAGAAUAAAACAAUGAUUUAUAAUUCUGUCAUUGGUAGGAAUUUAUUUAAAGAGUUACUAUUCACUUGGUUUUGUGGUUUUUUCAGCUCAUUCACAAGAAAUAGCUGGCUAGAAUGUAAACUCAUACUUCAUUAACAGCACUCUUUUGGUGUCUUAUAAUCCCUGAUGAUAUUUUUCUUCAUGUUCAUCAUCAAAAUUCUCUCUUAAAAUAAAUGGAUUAAAGAAAACUUGUUAUUUUGUGAAAAUUGGGAGAAUUGGGACUCUUAUUAGUCAUUAAAGCUUUUCUUUUCUAAAGAUUUAUUGUUAAUGUUAACUUUGGUGCCCCCUGUGGCCAAAACAGUCUUUACUUUUACAUGCCCAAAAAGUGUCCUUUGAAAAAUAUCCUACUGCUGACUUUUAAUGGUCAAAUGCAUCAUUUAUUGUUAAUAUUUAAUAACAUUUGUCUUUUGCUGACACCUACCCCCUCGCACUGAUUUCAGGAAUUAAAAAUAAUGAUAUAAAAAUUGUCAAUCUUGUCCCUGAUGGCUUUGUUAGCUUCCAGAUAUCAUGAAAAGGCAAACAUAUAAAUUCAGUGUAUUUCAUAGACAUCAAAAAUACAGCUCAUAGGAGCUUUAAAAAACAGAUUUAAGAGUGGUAGAAUAAAAGCAGCAAAUGAAUAUCACCCCAAUCAAUAAAUAGACAACCUCUGAAAUAAGACCAAAGUAAAACUAAGAAUAAACUGAAAUAAAAAGUGCUGAUGAAGUUUUUCUGUCGUUCAGCCCAGUGAUCGCAACUGGAACAAAGCUAUUUUUACAUCUCUUUGUUCUACACCUUAGAAUUAAAAAUCUUAAUGCAGAUGAAAUUCACUCUGCUCAGAUUGAGAGUCAUUACUUAAAAUAAAAAGGCAGCCGUCCGCUUCAGGGAUGCUUGGUAAGGCUGCGUCAUACCAAUUAGCCGACUCGAUCAUUUAACAAUGUGUCCUUUUUAAAGAUUAGUGACCAAACCAUGACACUGGAAAAAAAAGGACAGAUCAGACUCAACAGAAGCUCGAUAAAACAUGUAAAAGAGCGCUGAUGCCGUGCUUUUCAUACAGCUCCACAAUUACUUUGACAGUUAGACUUUGUCCCAAGACUAACCUGUAAUUAAAGAGACAUAUGUGUGAGAUUUCCACCUAAGAUUAUAAGCAUAUCCUUUGUUUUUGACUCAUCAUCUGCUCUAACGAUAAGGGAGAUAGGAGCUUUUUGAGGACCAGUUUUAGUCAGAUAGGAUGACAUUUACUCUCACUCCCAGUGUCCUGUAAGUUAAAAAGUAAAUCUAUAAGAAUUUUUGUACACAGGGGGUAAAAAUAGCUAGAUUACACUAGAGAAGAGACAGGUAUCACUGUACUUAAAGGGGUCCAGAGUUGUACUUACACCUGCACGGCAGCCCCCCGUCUCCACGGUCGGGUUGAAUGUGAAGGUGAUGUUCUCAGCCUGGAGGCCGUCCAGGGAAGUGUGGUUGGCUCUGAUGAUCAUAGCAGAGGCCGACACCAGCUGGAUCAGAGAGUAACACACUGUUAGACUGAAUUAAUUCAUAUUAUUUGUAGUCUUGCAUUUUCUUCUUUCUGUAUCAUUUUCAUAUCCAGGUGAAUCUAACUCACCUUAUACCCAGGGUAGAAAGCUUGAAUCUGUUGAGCCACUUUCAUGCUGACUUCAUCGCAGGGUACUGCAAAGAGCCUUGAAGAAAAGAAAUAAUGAAGUUUGAGCACGCUCAGGAUUAAACAUUCAUAAUUCAGAGUAAAAUGUCCCAAGGUGUGAUUGAAAUUACGGCGCAUAGAUCAUUUCUGAUGAAGAAAUACAUCCUGAUCUCAUAUUCAGAUACAAAAAGGAUAUUAAAUGACUCACCACAUGACUCUGCAGAAAGCAUGGUAAGGAAUAGGAAGAGAAAGAGGGACAGCUGAUGAAAACAUCAGCCCUGCAAAGAGAACAGAGGCCAGCAGCAGAGUCCUCAUUGUCAAAAAAAGAAGAGCAGGUUUCUCUCAGUCUGGAUAAAGGAAGAGUGAGUUGAUCGUCUGAAUGGACGCUCCCCUUUCAGGCCAGUUUAUACAAAUGAUCCCUCUUGUCAUGAGGCCUUGUAAAAAUGCUUUAAAUUGAAUUGUGAAGGGUGUGACUGGCGUGUCUAGAAUGGUAAUUGUUGGACUCGAUGGUCUUGUGCUGAUCAUCUUCACUGUCACGAUUAAAAAAAAAACUGUAUGAAUUGCAGAAAAUAAAUAAGAACAUUGCAUGUUUGUAGACUCAUAAAGUCUUAAAAUUACAUUUUUAAAGUCAAAUUUCUUUUUGAUGAGAUGUUUUGGUGGCAUUUCGAGGUUUAGGACAGUCUAAAAGAGUGGAAAAGAGGCACAAUCUGCAAUGGAGAAGAUGAUGGGAAAAGGACACUUAAAUUAACUACAAAGUGAGGACUAUCAUUAAAAAGAAACCACAUUUUUUGUCCUUUUUGGCUUUCCGUAACUGCACUGAAAGAGUUUAAAACCAACAGACCCUGUAAAUACUCUCAUCUUCAUCAAGCCGCUAAAAGUUUUUUUUUUUCUUUUUUCCUUUUUUUGAAAUUAAUCUUUUUAACAGGAAAAGCAGCAAUGGAUACAAAAAUGCGGUUAAACCCAUAUCACAUUUUCCUGUUUCUCCCAUUUGAAUAUUUUUUACUUUCCAUUUUGACCCCAAACUCCCAAAACAAACCAGGCCCUCACAAGGAGGGCAAACACUAGAACUGAUUGGUCUCUGUACAGAAAAAUAAACCAAACAAACUCAAAAUACAAAUACAAACAAAAAAAAAGCAGCUGAAAUUUUUCUGUCAGAAAUGAAGCAUGUCUUAAAAAUCUGUAACUGUUUAAUUAAUCAUCCACAACCACAUCAAGUGGCUGUAGAAAGUAGGAAAACUAUCAAACAAGGCUUGGUCUAACUUGUACAUGUUUUUUUUAUUACUUUUUUUUAUUAUAAUAAAAGAGUGUUCUGUUUUCUGAGAUCUGAGACGUGAAUGACGAUAAUGACCAUUGUGCGUAGAAACAACGCUGUGUCAUUGUAGAGUCUUGUGAUUUCACAGAGGAAGGGUAAAAUCAGCUACGGUGGAAACGCACCGACCUUAUCCUUCCACACACUCAGAUGUCUUUGCAGAAGUGAUGGUCAGAUAUCAGGAGCAGUGAUCACAAUCUGUCAUACUCCAUUAAAUUUCCCAGUUUUUUUCUCCUCAUUCAUUGAUAAUUUCAUUUCCUGCUUUAUUUUGCAUUACUCUUCAUGGAUUCAUUCGCUCCAGUUGACUGUGCACUGACUUUUGGACUGGAUUUCAAGCUCUGCCUGUUUUAACACACAUCACUGUCAUUCUACUUUCCUCUUGUCGAGUUUAUUCAUUUAAUAUUUAAUAUUUACCCUUUUAAAAAGAGUGUCCUUACUGUUGCACUCACAUAUCCAGAGUGACACCUGACCCAAUUCGGAGGACAAACUUGAGAGAUGACCCACUUUCACACUGUGUACCCUAAAAAGAUGACAAAAGCCUCUCUGCUCCUGCCUGUGGAGUCUCCUGUAGGAAAAGGCUAAAUCAAGAGGUAAAGAUGAACAGACUUAAAGAAUGUGGAUUUGAACAGAGAUCUAGGUGUUGGUCUUCUUUCUGAUAAGGUCAAACUAAGCAACAAGAUGUCUCAGAGUUUGAGACUUGAUAUUUGGCUCCAAAACCAGCAAAAUUAUCCACAAAAUCUCUUUUUUUGACUCUCUUUAUCAGAGUGGCAGAGAUGAUGCUGGAGGAAAACACAAAAAAGAAACUCUUCCAAAUAAAGUCAAAGUAAAAUUAUGUUCAAAGUCUUUAAUUUAGUCGUUGAUUAGCUGCUGCAUUAAAAGGGGCUGCUCACUACGACUUUAUUCUCAUUAUAUUUUGUCUUUAUUCUUGUAAUCUUUAUGAUUUUACUGCUUACUUUAAAGUCUUUAAAAAAUAAAAGUAUCUUUAAAAAAUGAUUAUUCAACGUGGUCCUAAUACAGCAGCUCAGACUUUGUAAAAUAUGUUUUUCUACUUUGAAGGAAGUCCAGAUGAGCCUCCUUACUUUCACUGUCAAUUUGUCUUUUUGUGUGUAGGAGCGUGGACUGGGGUCACUUUUUCUGGAGGGAAAUAAAGUCAACAAAAAAAUUCUGACCUCAUUCCUAUUAUAAUUUUUUUCAUGUUUCUGGUUCUUUGUAUUUUUGCGUUUCCCCUGAAAGCAGAAAGAAAACACGAACUGUCAGAUACCAAACAUCUACAGCGAAGACACUUAAGACGUGUUUUGGGGGCAGAGGAACCAGGACAUUGCUUUACCUUGAUAAAUAAAUAAAGGAAAGACGCAUAAAUGGAUGUUCACUGGUUCAUAAUUCCAGAAAAAGUCCCCUAAAAUUGAAGCUGUCAGCACAAAUAAGGAAAGCAAAUGUUCAGAGCGAGUGUCGGCACCAUGGUUCAGACACAGAUAAUGGUUAAAAUCAGGAAUUACCACCAAUCAAACAACCAGAGGGUCACAAAUUCUCCAUCUCUUCAUGGCCCUUUAAAACUUGAUCUGACUGUCAGGGGAUGACCCAAUGUUUUUUUAUGUUCCCACAAAAAUCCCACAAACAGCCGUAUGACUCAUUGCUCACAGUUGACCUUUCCUUUGUUCUCUACGCAGUUAACUCACUGUUUGGCUGCAGGACAAGGUUGGUUUCAUACCACUCGCACAACAAACUUGAUCCUAAUGUCAAAUCAUACUAAUAAUUCAGAGGAUUUACACAUUCAUCCUCCUGAACUGCUUUGCAAAAACUUGAAAUUGCACGUGAUGCUUAAUUUGGUCCACACUAUUAAAAUGUCACUUUACAUUAUUCUUUAGAUGUUUGUAGUGGCAAAGAAAUAUGACCAAAUAUAAUCAGAUUACUCUAUGCUGAAGUGAUCAGAUUAUACUCUCUACCCUCUUCUUCUUCUCUAACCACCACAUGCAUCAAACGAGUCAGCCAACUCUGACUUCGUAAUGAUAAUUAUAAUGCAUCAGAUUUCAUAUAACGCUUUAUCAGAGAUCCUCAAAGCGCUUUAUAUUGGAUUCAUAAUUUAUUCGCUCACACAGUCACACCUUGGUGGUGGUAAACUACCUUAGUAGUCACAGCUGCUCUGGGGUAGAUGGAUGAUAACUAGCAGCCAGUUUGCGCCUACGACCUCUCAGACCACCACCACACAACACUCACAAUCACACACCAGUGGAGGGCACACACUGAGAGCAAGGUGGGUAAAGUGUCUUGCCCAAGGACACAACAGACAGACUAGGGAUAGAGGGGAAUCGAACCACCAACCUUCUUGGACAACCACUCUACCUCCUGAGCUACUAACGUACCUCUUGCCAUAAGGCAGCAGUCUUGACCUCCACCCCUCUGCGCUCCCUGUCAGAGCUUAUUUUCCAGGUUUUAUAGACCUUUAAGUCUUUUACUGUUAUUUAUAAGGUUUCGUCACUUUCCAGCAGAGGGAAGCACUAACAUUGCCGUUCCACACAGGAGAGGCCCUGGCCUGUAUUAGAACCCUGGACCACCCUUGAAUGGCCCAUUAUUAAAUCAGAUUAAACAAAUAUUCACAGAAAAACUUGAUUUUUAUUUCAGGCCCAUUAAACACCCCUUCCUUUAUCAAGACCCUAGAUAGUUAGCCUUGAUUUACUCCUUAGAUUAGUCCAAUUAAGUAGUCUUUUUAGCAUUCAGAUUUGAGCUUGAAUGCUCCCCUGCUCGCCCCUCGUCUCAGUGAAGCAAUGGUGGCCUUCAAAGACAACAAGGUUCAGUGAUGCUUGAUACGUUUGAUCCUUCAUUUGUCAAGUUUUUACCAUCAAAAACUCCUUUUUGGUGAUGGACCUGCUUUUAUGUUGACACAAGUGAUUAUAUAUUGAUUUAAAUAUACUUACCAAGUCAGUUCUUCUAAAUUCUGCUCGUUCAUGAAGUCUUUUCCCAAUUUAUUUCUUUUGGACUCACCUCAUGGUGGCUGGUGUCUGUCUGCUCCACACACUUACUAUAAAACACCAACUGAACAAACCAAAGUGUUUUUUUUUAACGCCAACUGAUAUAUUCAAAGAUAAUAUCUCUUGUGUCUUUGUCUGGGGGACAGGCUGUGUGUAUUUUGGGAGGGCUCUGGAGUCACCUUGUCCUAUCAGUUAUCAUUAGAGUGGUUUUCCGUCGUAUCGUCUGCUGUCUAAUCGGCUUCAUCUGCUUCCUUUAAUGACUUAUGCCCGGCAGUGUGUAAAUGCAUGGAGGUAAGAGUUCAGAGAUAAAAAGAGACGAGCCUGAACACUUGUAAUGUCAGACUUUUUUAAGGACUGAUGUGAAAGGAAUCCAUUUGGGAGGCAUCUUUUUUUGUGGUGUAUAUACAAAAAAGCUUUUAAUAUCAGUCAAUAGCUAUUAGUUAUUGAUGACAUUUGGUAAUAUAACGAUAUCGCUGUGUUUUGUUAUGUCUGUACAGUCAACAUUUUAAAUUUUUUGAGCAGCCCGCUCUUUCUGACUGUAAACAAAGCCAUUCUCCACCUCCCCCAACCUGAUUGGUUGUGAGGCGGAUGCUGCUCCCCCCUGUCGUUCACGAGCCCAAACAAAGUUAGCGUGCUACAAUAUCGGACAGUAGAAACCAACCAGAAAGUACAGAAAAUUGUCUGAAUCCAACUUUAGCCACAACUGCCAACACAAGCAAGAAAACUUCAUAAAUACCGGAGACUUUAGCGGAAUAACAGGCGCUAAAAAGGGAGGUAGACCACCCGGACAAGAGCUAUAAAGUCGGGUCAACAAUGAUGGGGGUGCUUCGGGAUCUUACAGUUCCUGUAACCUUUCUGCUGGACAGGUAAACCGCUUUAACAAAGUAAGCCAAGUGUCUGUAACAGAAGUGUUCCUUGUCAAAUGGGAACUGCUGUGUGUUGUAGCGCUGCUGAACUUUAUCCUAGUUGUAGAAGUCCUGCAGACAUUGUGUUUUCUGGUAGUCUGUUGACAGCUACAGUAGCACCAAUGCUUUUUACUUUCAUGUUGACUGGGCCCCAUUUUUUAUUAUCUGAAGUAUUUAUUUGCAUUAUAUCUGAAUUUAGUUGGAAUGAUACAAGCGAGCAGGAGCGUCUGUUUGUGGGCGGGGCUUACUGGAGCAGAGAGGGAGGGGAGAGGAGGAGCUGAGGGGAAAACUGGUUGUGAGGGGGAGAGUUAACAUUCAAGAUUUCUCUCAAAAACUGGCACUUCCUCAGAUCCUGCCUACCCCACCUUUAAGCUUGUGGUGUACCUCUUAAAGAGGAGAGAAAACAUCCAGAGUGGAGUGGAUUAUGUGUUUGUUGUUGAAGCAGUAACAAAGGAAGAAGGAUUACUUUAGGAGAAAGACAGCAUUUCAAACCCACUUUAUUGACAGGUUCUCGCCCUCAGUACAAUGCAAUGCAAGAUUUGAGGUGCUGAGCACAGAGGAAUAAAUACGGCAAUAAAUAUAGUACCGACUCGCCUCACUGGUCGUCUUUAAUUCACACUCUCUGGAGCCGUCAGACCCUCACCACAAACACACAAACUGAUAAGACAUCACACACAACACUGAGCCACAGGUUGUUGCUUCCUCCAUAAAUUACAGUGGUCAUGAAUCAGCAUGGACUGGUGCACACAGCAAUUCUGCGUCACUCCAAGAAAGCAAAGAUGUUCCUCUCUCUGUAAAAUGUGUACAUUUUUCUUUUCACCGCUCUGACUGUCGCCUGUAGAUUGAGACAGGGAGGACAGACGGGAAGAUAGUCAUUUCACGUCAUGGACAGCCAUCUCUUCUGGACAGCUUGGGUGUGUUUAUGUAUCCAACAGAAACUUGUAACCUUUAUUAAACCAGAAAUGGAAAAGACUGAAUUGAACAUGAGCGUCUGAAUGAUCCACCGCUGACAGAAUGACAUCUUAGUUUAACAACGGCAUGCAUCGCCUUCAUGAAGAUUCAAAGUUAUCAUCCCUUACAUGACAGAUUCAACAACACCUUUACGAGAUUCUCCCUUUUGAAAGGUACAUUUUCAACUUCAAUAUCCCACCUGUGGUAUGUUAUAAAAAUGGCAUUGCCUUGAUAUCAAUGGAAGAUACGCAGAUAUCCUGUACAGUAAAUGUCGAUGACCGUUUCUAGUAAAAGAGUAACAAAAUCAGAGAGCACGAAUAUAAAAAAAAUCACGUCAUGAAUACUCACAGACUGGUCAUCUGGCAAACUCUUAGAAACGCUACACCACACAACCACAUGGUCACAUAUAUGGCAGCAAUCAAAGGCAAUUGAGAGACAUUAUAUUUCACUUGAAUCCAGGCUGUGUGUUGAAUUUUUGGAAAACAACAACACACAGGACAGAAGGAAACUCCUGCACAGCUCAGCCCCACCUCUCACCGUAGAGAUUCUGCCGUUUUAACGUCACUUUCAUGUCUUCAUACUUCAUGAUUCAUGAAUAAAUAUUUGAUACAUCAUAGAUCGUGAUACACUCGGUAAAUAUUCGACUUAAUUUAGCUGGUUUGGUUGAUGUGCCUGUUAAUUCAAAUAUUGUUAGACUUGUUUUACAAAAGACUUUGUUAGUAAUUUGUUAAUGUUACAUUAGUAUAGUUUUUCUUUAACAUAUUUCCCAGUUUCUAAUUUGCUUCUUUUAUUUUGGUGGAUUUCUUUGUGAGUUUUUCUUCUUGUGCAUGUCCUCAAAGGCGUUUCGCAGUAACUUUAUGAGAAGAUGGAGCAUCCUGGGCAAAAGUAAUGGCUGCUGAUGUCGGGUAGAUAUGCAGAGAGAUGAUGAGAAAUGUCAUAUGUCUCGUUCAAAAAGCAGGGGCUCAUUUUUACCUCCUGUCCAUUUUCUCUCCUCUUCCUCCUUCUUCUUCCUCUUCAUCAUGUCCAGUUCGAUGAGAAACAUCAUGUAAACUUACAAACCUUGUAUAAAAGUUGAAAUCAAAAAGAAAUCGUGGAUUAGUUCAGAUGUAAAAAAUGUAUGGAAUGACACAGCUUGGAGUAUUGAGGUCCAAAGAUGGCAGGAAAAAGGGGGAAACAUGAUGUUUGAAGCAGACACUACAGUAUGAUACAGUACGUAUAUAGUGUGGGUAAUUACUGUCUCUUCCACACACACAUCUAACCUUCUCUUUCUCUCACACACACUCUGGUGAGGCAGCGAAUGAAAGCCAAAAGCCUUCUCGCCGUCAGGUAUUUAGCACUGCUUAGCACGCUUUCAAGAGCAAUGAACCCUUUGUGGAUCAAACUGUCCUUAAUUACUGGUUUUGAAAUUGCAUUAUGGGUAGAAAUUAAUGCUUGUUUGUAUUCCUACUGUGUCCGCCCCCCUUCAGCUUCCAGCAUCCAGACCAGAGGAACAGAGAGAAAGAGAAGGGAGUUUAAGCAAUCCGUGAUUAAGGCAGUCUCAUAAAUAUUGCAGAGAGGUUUUUGGCCCCUGUUUUGGAGAUAGACCGCCACCACAGUCUGGAGUUCCUAGCUCUUCCUAACGGCUGCUUCCUAUCCCCACAGAUAACAGAGCAGACGGGGUGGGUGUGAGUACUGAUGGCGGGAAAGAAAAACCAGAGUUAUGAUGCCACAAUAUUUCGAUCCAUGGAGGAAAAUUAUCCCAUCAAAAACAACAUCGAGCGGUAAUCCUCUUUGGAAGAAAAGGUCAUAUUUGGUUUGUGUAUCAGUCCUCCACACAAUAAAUAAUCUUUUACAGGGACCCUAAAUUAAAAGAAAAGCACAGCUCAGAGCGAUUUCAUUAAGAACUGAAAAUAAAAUAGAAGCCUAUAUCUAAUUUGUCCACUGAAGUUAGUGCUAGGGGCUUUUAAGCGGCGUGCAGAGACGAGGACAGACAAAGGUCCCACUUAUAGUAGCUUAACUCUGUCUCACUCAAUUGAGUUCAUUCCAAGAUACAGAAAAAAGUCGAAGCAGAUACAUACAUAUUAGUUGGACAUAGGGGAUGUGGCUCCCUCACUGUGUCUUCAUUUGAGUUCUGCUGAUCGUUUCGCUCUCUCGCGGCUUGUUCGUAACGAAUUCAAGCAGUUUUCAAAUCUGCCAACAUGGCAAUCCUUGCGCACCCUUUAACAGUGCUUCCAAUUACUGUACUUAGGGCUUCAAGUAAUGACUAGACCUUUAUCAGAGCUUCACACCCCUUUAUACAGAGCAGUAACAGUCCCUCACACCCACUCCUGCAUGGAGCGCUUGCAGUACAGUAUGUGGCGCUGCGUGCUCUUCCUCCUGAACUGGAAAACAGUGUAGAGAAGGACCAUCAUGCACAGCGCCAGGACGCAGGGGAUGGCGAUGGCCACGGCUUUCUCCGUGCCCCCCGCGCUGUCCAGUUUGAUGACGACGUCCACGUCGCCGUUGUCGUAAUGGCGCUCUUCUGCCACCGGAGGGCUCCAGUCCCAGUCAGGGUCAGCGGGUAGACCGUCGCAGCCCAUGAAGUCUCUCAGGAUGGACCUCGGGUAGCCGGGCUCCACGCGAAGCAGCUGGUUGUUGAACUUCCAGUACUCCUUUCCCUUGUAGAAGUAGGUAAACCCUGGAGGAAGGAGAAAACAAAUUCACUCUGAGUCAUUCAGAAAGAACUUUGCAAGUAUUGUGUGGCUACAGAUAAGCUUUGAUAAACUUCUAACCUGGAAUUCGAUAUAGAAGUCUGAAAUGUUUUGGUUUGGUAAUUUAUUUCUGCUUUUCAGCUCCUAGUAACAACAUAAAUCUCUCAGGAAUAAACCUCAGAGAGAAGUUUGCCUUCAGAGAAGUUGUACUUAUCUGCCAGGACUUGCUGUACCAACACAACAUUACAUCAUUUAUGACUCAGUGCAUCAAAAAGUUGUGAUCAGAGGAUCGUAGCAGCAACUCUGAACAUUUGGCUAAGCUUCAUAUGAUAAAUGAUAACGAUACUGCAAAUUACAACACAAGUGACAAAGACAUUUCUGUCUAAUGUGACUAAACAAUUACUUAAUGCAGCCAUAUUUCCAAGUGAACCUGACUGUUUCUAAAAGAGAGGUGUUAUGUAAUGCAAGUGUGUUGUUUAUCUGGUAUUGUGGUCCUACAUGAAGCUGUCGUACCGUUGGCCUUGUCCACGAAAGCGCCCUGCGGAGAGUCAGGGAUGCCCUUCCAGACGGUGAUGGGUUUGGGAUAACCUGGAUCCAUGGUUCUCAUGUCUUCGUUGUACCUCCAGUAUCUGCAAAUGAACAGACAGAAACACUUUGGUCAUCUCUGUGCUCUCAUCAUAAACCUGCAGAAACAGGGAGCAAUUCCAAGAAGAAGAGUUCCCAAAUUUCUGACUGCGUGCACAAACCCACACAGGGUGAUGACAGUUUAAUUAAUCAAACUGGACAUGGAUGCCACAAUCAUCACUUGAGACCCAUGUGUCAGUCUUACGAAGAAAACAACAUCUACUUUCUUUUAUGUUCUGCUCCCGUCAGCAUGAGCAUCCAAAUGUGUGCGGCCAGGGUGGAGGGACAAAAUCAAAACAUCAAGACAAACAUGUGAGAAAGGAUUUCACACUCCUGAAUCCAAGCUUUUUAAAAAGUUGUGCCAGGUGUACAGUUUGUGCAGCCAAGAUAUCACUCCUAUUGCACAGGAGAGGAGUGCCCACACACUGACUGAAAAGCAGCAGAAAGUCCGAUUUGAAAAAGAAAACAAUUUUUUUUCGAGUUUGCAGAAGAGAGCGUGAUAUGAUGAACAAAUAUAUUUGUCCAAGGACUAAUGCCUUGAGUAACCAUGUAAUUUUAAUAACUGAAAGAGGGCCCUCUAAUGAAGACUGUGUCCUAUCCUUUAAUAAGGACGAUAAAGUCAUAUUUUAAACUUCAUUAGGGGAGUGAUCAGCAUAAAAAAGCAGAAGCGAAUGGGAAGCCAACACCAAAGUGUCUUUAACCUGCACUGAUCAUAUUAAAAAGUCAUACUAGAGACGUCUUUAAGAAAUUAUCCAUCUCUCACAUAAAUCCUGAAUAAAGCCACUGUUCUUUACUGCUCUCAGUUACAUGUUUUUCCUCAAUAUGUUUUUUUUUUUUUUUUGUAAUUUCAUGAUUUUUUAAAAGAAAAGAUUUAACUAAAACCUUAAACAGUUGAUCACAGCUUGCUCUUAAAAACUAUCUAUAUCAUAGUUAAAUAGAAAUGGAAAGGCCUAGAUUCAGGUCGACCUGUACAAAAGGCAUCAGUGUGUCAAAUUGAAUUCUUAUCAAUCAACAGAGGUGGUCCCCAAGGAUCGAUCCUAGGCCCCAUGCUCAUUACUCUUUAUAUUUAUGACAUAGUUACCUCUUUAAAAGGUCGUCAUGCUAAUCUUUACACAGAUGACACUUACCUGUUUUGCAUUUAUUAUUGGGUACAAAAAGCCAUUGAGCGUUUGCAAGAAGUUCUUAUUAAUCUCAGACGAGUACUGCUCAACACCAGUCAAGUAAAGUUUAUACUGUUUGGUACUGAAUAAUAAGCUGAUAACAGGUUUUGACUUUAUGCUAGAAAAGCUUCACGUUCUAGUAAGUCACAAGUACAUAUUGUUAAUGAAGCUAGCAUUAGCUGCCAGUGUUUGCUAACACUACCUAAAUUCUACCUUCUUGGCCUCUAUACUCACCUCUACCUCUACAAGUGAAGAUGGUGUCAGCUUUAAUGUUAAACUCAAUUUUUUUAAAAGAUCUGAGUGGCCAUAUCAACUUCCAAUUGUUAGCCCCUGUCAUAAUGCUAUGAUACUCUACUACCUGGAUUUAAACAAGCACAGAUGGUAUCUUGCAAUAUUUUGAUCCGGCCGUGUUACAAACAUUUUUAAUGUUUAGUGUUUCCUCGCCAAUAGACAAGAUGUUUAAGCUAAAUUUAAAUAUCAGUUUAAAGCACAAGGGAGUGGUGAGUUCAGCACAUCCCUAGUUUCUAGUCAGUCUUCUUUGGCUCAUAUCUUUUUGCUAAUAGCCCAGUGGCUUAAUUCACGUAACCAAAGAAAGCGUCCAAUCAAUCAUCCAUACUGUGUUUAUCUGCCAGACAAAUCUGUUCAGGCGUUGUUGUGAUUGAUCUGCCUCUCAUACCCUGGCGCUCACACAUUAAUCUCGCUGCACAGUGUCAUUUCUUGGAAUUAGAACAAACACCCUGUCACAUUUCAGAGAAAGAGAGAGAGAAAGAGAAGGAGAUAGAAGGAGAGAGCGGUAAAAACGUGUUUGAGACGAUGGACAGAACGUCCCGUUUGUCAUGAGGUGCAACAGCAGGUUGAGGGAUGACAGUAUCAUGACAAAGCAUUUUGUCAGCUUUCACCACAGAGUCCCUUGACCUCUUAGAAUAUGAUGUAUCAUGACAGCUGAACAAACAUGUGAGUCACCUCGGCCCAUACUUACAUUUCAAGACCAUCACAAUAAAUCAACAACAGAUUCUUCAUUUGGAAAGACUACCCUGUUUCUAAACCUGACAACAAUCAUAAAUAAAUAUGUUAUUCCAUACAGAAACGAAGCUCAAACAAAGAAGAAAUUUAUUCACAAGUUCAACUUCUGCUCUAGCAUUGGGUCAUUAUGGACUGUAAGCCAUAAAGGAGAAUUUACUAGUUGUUAAACAGGCAGCUUUCAGAAGCAAAAUGUAGCAGCUUACAAAGAUUUAAUGGUGCUUGCUAAUCUAUGCCAACAGUGAAGAUGUAUUGAUCCAGGAACCUGAAAUAUAAUUAAAUACCUCAAGCAAAACAACCUCUGAAAUCAUUAAACGCUCCACAAGCAGAGAAACUGCAUCAAUAAAGAAAAACAGAAUAAAAGAUGAAAAUAAUUGAGCCAUAAUUACAAACCCAGAUUUAAAAAGCUGUUUGUGAUGUUUGUGUUUAACAUUCAGCGGCACAAAAACCGUUUGCAGGCCGAAGUGAAAGAUUUGAAGCCCUUGGACUUGGAUAUUCAAGCCCUGAAAUUCAGUGAUUCUUCUGCUCUUUAUGAAGCACCAAAUGAUGAAAUUAAAAAACAUGUUUGAGUCUUUGUUGUUUGUGCAUCUGUGAUGAUUUUAAUAGUCAUAGAGAUAAUCAUCAGCCUGUUCAUGAUAACCCUCACUAUUCUAAGAUUAACACAAAACUCAUUUUAUUGACUUAUUUUUCCAGGUAAUAUUUGAUUUUCACCUUCUGCAAGAGCCAGCGUGUACUUCGUAAAAACAAUCAUUCGAUCUGAGUCGUGCCCGACAGCUGAACUUCAUAACAGCACUCAUAACCGCUCCACACCAACCUGUCUCCCUUGAA